AAACGUCGUGCCUCGACUGUGGCGGCACCAACGUGGUCGCAUGCUCUCCUGCGCAUGCGCGCUCCCGCGGGUCGCUCUAUCCCUCCGUGCGUUCCCUUCAUUCUUCACCCAGCGUUAGUAGCGCGCGGACGUGGCUUCUGUGCUCUCCCGUGUCAGUUCUUCGCUGAGCAGGUCUGCGCCUUUCGUCACCAGCUCGAGACGCCGAACUCUUCAGUCUUCCUAUUCACUUGCGAGCUUUCCAGAUAGGUGCAGAGGCGUGCAGAUAAAACCUCAGCUAGAGACCAGUACCUACUGAUUUUAAUGAGUUUGAAUCGGCGCACCGCUUCACUGUGCAAGCAUGCUGGGCUGUGGCCUCUGGGCCCGCUUCAAGCGCGACCGCUACAACUCGCUGGCGACGGUGGCCGUCGCAGCGGGCAUGCUGGUGUUUGGGCUGAUCAUAACCACCAUCGUCCUGCACCUGGACUUCCUGUGGCUGGUGCUGGUGUCGGCCGUGGCGAUGCUCUUCACGGCCUUCGGCUACUCCACCUGCACGGACAAGCACUCCCUGCAGCCGGCGAGCCGAUCAGAGUCCGUCAGCACCGUCUCCGACCUGGUCGCUGAGACAGGAAGCACCAAUGAUUUGCCUCCUUGCUAUGACGUCGUCGUGACGGAUGGCUCGGGCGUCACGCAAGACGGCAAGCCUCCGUCGUACUUGGACGCCCUGGCUCUGCAAAGAAGUUGGCCUGAUGUCCCCGCCACACCCCACUUGGACGCCUCGAGCCAGUUCAGCAGCUCCCCGCCUCCCCCGUACCGAGAGUACGACAUGGGGGAGUAUGUCACGGACGAGACCUCCGACACAACUCUCUCUACAAGCGAGGACGCGUCGUCGCUGAGGAGCACCAGUGACUAUGCUACGUUGAGCCUCUCUUCGUACGAGUCGCUCUGCAUCGAAUGUGAUAUGGGCGGAAAUGAUCCUGAAAUAGUGUCAACACAUCGUCCUGAAAUAAGUUGGAGCUCGCAUGACCAAACAGUACCUCGUUUGGGCCAUUUCCCUAGCACCGCUACCAUCUGUUAAAACACCAAGUACAUGGGAAAUGUUAAGCUCAGAACUUUAUUUCUUUGAGAAAAAAAUAGUCAAUUAUGUAAAAUGCUAUGUUAAUUAUUUGUAUACAUUAUUUAUUUAUUCACUUCCAUGAAGUGUAAUUAGUUUCACGAAUCUGUGAUUCCGAGGCUGUGUAAAUUGUAAAUAUUGCAAUUAAAAACUUUCUGAUAAAC